AUGGACACUGUCAGCCCAUCCGCCACCUGCUGGACUGCAAGGACGUCUACGAACAAGAUAAGCGGAGUCUACACCAUCAACCCCAUCAGAUGUACAUCUGCUGUCCAGCUGUACUGUGACAUGGACACAGACGGAGGACACUGGACGGUGAUCCAGAGGAGGAUGGAUGCUUCGGUGCACUUCUACAUGUCCUGGGAGGCGUAUAGAUCAGGCUUUGGCAACGCUGCUGCAGAAUACUGGCUCGGUCUGGAGAACAUCCAACAGAUGACACGCCAGCAGGACUCCAAGCUGCGGGCUGACAUGGAGGACUUUGAAGGAAAUAAAGUGCAUGCUCUUUACUCGUCAUUCGAGGUCGCUGCUGAGUGUGACGGAUACAAACUGACUGUGUAUGGAUUCUCCGAAGGGUGUACCGACUCGCUGACGUAUCACAAUGGGGAGAAGUUCUCCACCUUUGACAAGGACCAGGACAGCUCGAGUACAAACUGUGCCAAACUUCACAUGGGGGGGUUCUGGUUUAAAGAUUGUCAAGAGGCAAACCCUAACAGGAUUUAUACCUGGGGGAGAGAUAGCACCAUGCCUAACUUUGGAGUGGAAAUCCUGGAAAGGAAGCUGGAGAGCAGAGAGCGACGCGCGGAGAAAGAAGAAGAUGCUGACAAGUCUGAGAUGUUUUCUGGCUGCGGCUUCCUGCGAGACUCAAACCGCCGAGUUCUGGAGAGUCUGGACCUCAGCGUGAAGGCGCAUUCGAUUCCUUUUGUUUGGGUUUGA